AUGAACCUCGGCUGUGUGCUGCUCCUGGUGCCUCUGAUCCAGGUGUGCUGCGGGGCCACAGAGGAGCCGUGUGAGCCGGGAUUCAGUGAGCAGCGGUAUGCUUUCACCACGACCCGCAAGGUUCUGGAAAGAGGACGAGUCCUGGGCAAAGUGACGUUCAAUCCUUGCUCCUCGGGGUCCCGGGCUCUCUACUCCCCGAUGACACCCGGAUCCGAGUCUUCCCGGAUGGAAAGGUGUCAGUGAAGAGGCAGAUCACCCUCCAUGAUGGAUCCGUCACCUUCGUGCUGAACGCCUGGGUCAGCGCUGGGCAGAAAUACUCCACGACGGUGUCUGUGAGAGGAACGAGAGGGAAGAGCAGGAAACGCCGCAAUUGUUGAAGAGGCAGAAAAGAGAUUGGUCGAUCCCUCCGGUGGCAUUCCCUGAGAAUGAUAGGGGGCCGUUCCCUAAACGCAUCAAUCAGGUUCGUUCGUCUGAAAGCGCAAAAACCAAGAAUAUUAAAUACUCCAUAAGUGGAGAAGGAGCCGACAAGCCCCCGGUUGGGGUCUUCACCAUGGAGGCCGACACCGGAAACCUCAUGGUUACCCAGCCUCUGGACAGGGAGAGGAAGGAGAAGUACCAGCUGGAGGUGCGAGCGAUGUCAGAGAACGGAACCCCCGUGGAAGUUCCAAAGACGUUCGUCAUUAAAGUGAUCGAUGUGAAUGACAAUCAGCCGUUCUUCACACAGAUUGUAUCUGAUGGCUUCGUGACGGAGGGAUCCCCGAAGGGCACAUCGGUGAUGGCGGUCGCAGCGAAGGAUUUGGACGACACGUUGGAGGGUAACAAUGGGGUCAUCCGAUAUUCCAUCGUCCAGCAAACACCGAAGGAGCCCAGCAAUGCGUUUGUCAUCGCCGCCGACAACGGGAUCAUCUCUGCCAAUGUGGAGGGGCUGAGCCAGAAGCACAACCCUAAAUUUACUUUAGUGGUCAGAGCAGCAGACAAGGAGGGCCACGGACAUGCAAUCACAAGAACAGUCGUGAUCACCGUGGGCAAGGCUGAUACCCCGGAAAUGUCGGGGGGCAGCCCCAAGUCUGCUGACCACACAUGUCCUGAAUAUUGCGCAGGGGACCCCGGCUAAAGGCCUGACAAUUACCUUGUCCAAGUUUCAUGCCAGAGAAGCAAAAUGGGAACAAAUGAGCAGAAGUGUCACCGACCAGGACGGCCGCUGCCCAGGGCUUCUACGCGGAGAACCUCUGACAGCCGGACCUUCCAGCUGCGCUUCGAUACCGCCGAAUACUGGAAGCAGUUACAAAUGGAGGCCUUCCACCCGUCUGUAGAGGUUACUUUCAACGUUAAUGACCCAAAAGAGAAAUAUCACGUGCCUCUCCUGAUCACCCCACAUUCCUAUUCCACCUACAGAGGGAGCUAG